AAGGGAGGCAUUGAGAAAGAUCUAACAAUCUGUGUCUGUUCGGUUCCUUCCGCCAUGACCAUGAAUGAAGAACAACACUCUCUGCUUCUCAACUCGUCCUCUCGCUUCAUACCCCCACAAGGAGUCAAACUAUCGUACGGCACCGCCGGCUUCAGAGCCGAUGCCUCGCUUCUGCCAUCGACGGUCUUCAGAGUCGGAAUCCUCGCCGCCCUCCGAUCGCUCAAGACCCGUUCCGUCACCGGCCUCAUGAUCACCGCCUCGCACAACCAGGUUUCCGAUAACGGCGUCAAAGUCGCUGACCCCAACGGCGGCAUGCUCUCUCAGCACUGGGAGCCCUUCGCCGACGCCCUCGCCAAUGCCCCUUCUCCCCAACACCUCAUACUGUUGAUAAAUGAGUUUGUGGAGAAAGAAGGGAUCUCGAUGGAUGGAGCUGGGACGCUGGAAGUGCUUUUGGGGAGAGACACGAGGCCAAGUGGAGAUGCAUUGCUUCAAGCUGCUAAACAGGGGGUCACUUCAAUUGUUGGAGCUGUUGCGACAGACUUGGGGAUCUUGACAACUCCGCAAUUGCAUUGGAUGGUUCGUGCUAGAAAUAAGGGCAUGAAAGCCUCGGAGCAGGAUUACUUUGAACAGCUUUCAAGUUCAUUCAGGUGUUUGGUGGAUUUGAUCCCAACUGAAAAAAGUAAGUUCAAUGGGGUGAAUGACAAAGUGGUUGUGGAUGGAGCCAAUGGGGUUGGUGGAGUAAAACUUAAAGAUUUAGGGAAAUUAUUGAAUGCUUUGGCUAUUGAGGUUCGGAACAGCAGUGAAGAUGGAGGUGUACUGAAUGAUGGAGUGGGUGCUGAUUAUGUGCAGAAAGAGAAGGUUGUUCCACAUGGCUUUGGUUCGAAAGAUGCUGGGAUAAGGUGUGCUAGUUUGGACGGAGAUGCUGAUCGGCUUGUUUAUUUUAUUGUACCACCGGAAAGCAGUGGUAGGAUUGACCUUGUUGAUGGGGACAAGAUACUAUCCCUGUUUGCCUUAUUUAUUAGGGAGCAACUAAGCUUUCUUAAUGAGAAAGAAGACAUAAACCAAGCCCGUCUUGGUGUUGUGCAGACUGCUUAUGCAAAUGGGGCUUCUACUAAUUAUCUUAAACAGUUGGGACUUGAAGUCAAUUUUACUCCAACUGGAGUGAAAUACCUGCAUGAAAAAGCUGCUGAAUUUGAUAUUGGCAUCUACUUUGAGGCAAAUGGCCAUGGAACUGUCUUAUUUUCAGAAUCAUUCGUAGGGGGUUUGGAGGCUAGAACUAACAAGAUUGCUUCAGGAUCCAAAGGUUCAGAACGGGAAAAGGCUGCUUUGAGAUUAUUGGCAGUCAGUAAGCUAAUCAACCAAGCUGUUGGAGAUGCAUUGAGUGGAUUGCUCUUGGUGGAAGUCAUAUUACAGCACAUGGGAUGGUCAAUACAUAGAUGGAAUGAUCUUUAUCAUGAUUUACCCAGCAGGCAGCUCAAGGUUAAAGUUGCCGACAGAACUGCCGUGGUUACAACAAAUGCAGAAACUGUGGUUGUGAGCCCUCCUGGUCUACAAGAAGCCAUCAAUGAAGAAACUGCUAGGUACCCCCAAGGAAGAUGCUUUGUGCGACCAUCUGGCACUGAGGACGUUGUUCGUGUAUAUGCCGAAGCAUCCACACAGGAAACAGCUGAUACACUUGCCAACUCUGUGGCUAGGCUUGUGGACCAAUUCUUAGGCUCCAACAGCUCCUGACACCUUCUGCGUCAUCUUUUUGAUUUCCAUUUGGCAUUACAACAGAAUGGACCUAGCUUUUAAAGUUAUCUAACCAUCGAGAUUUUUGAAUAAAAUUUCUCUUGCAUUUUACUUUUAACUUUUUAAGAUGGUGGACCUGUAUUCUAUUCCUAUUCAGAUGUACUUCUGUAUAUUAACAUCUUAAAAUUGUGAAAACAAUUAGCUUAUUGUACUCGUCAUCCCACCAAUAUCUGAAAUGUUUCCAUUUGAAU